ACGGGAGCGCGGAGUGCAGAGGGCUUGCAGAGGUCAGAGCUCAGACAGCAAGCGGACCGAGGAGAGACACUCAUCUGCAGGGAGGAUGGAGGUGGAGAACAGACCCAACACAUACGACUUCUCCAAGCGCGACAAAUUACUGAGCAACCGUUUCUAUGAAGAAAACUCCCUGCAGGACGAAACGGAUGACGGUGGUGAGCGCUGGUGUCUGAUCUGUGGGGAUCGAGCGUCCGGCCUGCACUAUGGUAUUAUUUCCUGCGAGGGCUGUAAAGGCUUCUUCAAGCGCAGUAUCUGCAACAAACGCAUCUAUCGCUGCAACAGAGACAAGAACUGCCAGAUGUCCCGCAAACAGCGCAACCGCUGCCAGUACUGUCGGCUGCAGAAGUGCCUACAGAUGGGCAUGAACCGCAAGGCAAUCAGAGAAGACGGGAUGCCAGGAGGAAGGAAUAAAAUGAUUGGACCUGUACAUAUCUCGCUGGAGGAGAUUGAACGAAUUAUGUCUGGCCAGGAGUUUAAAGAAGGAUCGGACCUGUCGGAUUCGUGGAGCCACGGUUACAGUAACCACAGUUCACCCGGCAACAGUCUCUCUGAGGGCGGCCAGAGCUUAUCUUUCUCCAGCAGCCGCUCUGUGUCCUGUAGAGAUGAGUGCAUCAGUCCUCAACUAACACACACUUUCCUGAUGUGUAAAUAUCCUUUACCGCCUCCUACUGGCAGCAUCCUGAAGACGCAAACACACACACUGACAGGGCAGAUCCUCGCUGAUGAAGACCUCACACCUCUCACUACACCCAUGCUCAUUGAGGACGGGUACAGCGUGACUCAGUCGGAGCUGCUGGCGCUGCUGUGUGGUAUCGCAGACGAGCUGCUGUUUAGACAGAUCGUGUGGCUCAAGCGUCUGCCGUUCUUCACUGAUCUCUCCAUUAAAGACUGCACUCGUCUGCUGGGCUCUUCAUGGCAUCAGCUCAUCCUGCUGUCCUCCAUCACAGUGCACAGCGCACAGAUACUGGGGGAACUGGCGAACGUCACACACCACUACACACCCUCCUCACACACACUGCAACGGUUUGGUGAGGAUGCUAUGGAGGUCAUGGAAAGCUUAAAUUUUCUCUUCCGUAAGUUUCAUCAACUAAACAUCAGCAAUGAGGAGUACAGCUGCUUAAAGACCAUCACGCUGCUUAAUCAAGAGACGACAGGUUUGUGCAACACGUCAAUGCUGAAACAAUUAAGUGAACGUUACUGGACGCUGUGUCGUGAGCUGACAGAACGACUUCAUCCACAGCGACCCAAACGCUUCUCUGACAUCAUCACCUGCCUUACUGAGAUACGCCACACGUCAGGUAAAAUGAUGUCUAUUCCCUUGGAGCAGCUCCCACUGCUGUUUAAGGCAGUACUGUAUUCCUGCACAACCAAUCAAAACCCAUGGCUACCCAAAAGCUCCACCUCCAGGACAUAAACCACACCUUUAAAUCCUGUUUUUAUUACUUUUUCCUUCCCCAAGUGUA